AUGAUCCAGCUAUUCAACAUACAGCCAGAUGAGGAAAACUGGAUUAUAGUUGGCGAUUUCAACAGCCACUCUCCCAGUUGGGGUUAUAAAAGUCUUGAUUCCAAGGGUGAAGAAAUAGAAGAAUGGAUGAUUAGCAACAACCUCAUCCUCAUUAACACUCCAGAUGAUCCAAACACCUUCUACUCAAGAGCCUGGCGAACAACCAGUAACCCUGAUCUAGCCAUUGCCACCGAUGACAUCCACAAAAUCACUGCCAGGGAAGUCUGUCACCAGCUCGGUGGUAGUGACCACAAGCCUGUCAUCCUAAAUAUAAAAAAGCAGACCAGCUUCGGCGGAAGUAAGUUACAACCCAGCUGGAACUACAAACAAGCAAACUGGGACCUUUUAAAAAAAAACUUACAGACUCUAAUUCAAAGCAAGCAAUACCAAGAGGAAGAAGACAACUACAGACCUUUCUGGAACUCCACUCUCGACAAACUACACAACGAUCUAAGCGAGGCAGCACGUGAGAACAUCAAGAAAACGUCAUCCAUUCAAAACAUUGUGAAGCACAACAACCUGAAAACAGCAUUCGGUAAUGAAAAGCUAGAACAAACCGGACAAGCUGGCACGAAAAAACUGCAUCCUUAA